AUACCCCAUCUUAUUACACACGACCCUUGUACAUCAGAAAACAGCAUCUGCAAAACAACGCACAGGCAGAAAGAGAAACAGAACCACCAAAAAAAAAAACUUCAUCCGAAUUUUUUCAAGUUUUCACAUCAGGUUCGGAGGACGCAGGAUAAAAGGAUGGGAUCUGUCGGAGUUCAUAUUGUGUGUGUGGCCCUCGGGCUCCUCGGCCUGAUCGGGAUCAUCGUGUGCUGCGCUCUCCCUCAGUGGAAGAUCACCUCUUUCACAGGAUCCAACAUUGUGACGGCACAGAGUUCUCAGCAGGGCCUGUGGAUGACCUGUGUGGUGCAGAGCACGGGCCAGCAGCAGUGCAAGAACUUUGAAUCCAUGCUGGUGUUGCCCUCUGACCUGCAAGCCGCCCGUGCCCUGACCAUCAUCGCAUGCAUGGUCAGCUUCCUCAGCCUCCUCAUCCUGUUCUGUGGCGCCGACUUCACCACCUGCGUCGAGAACGAAGAGGUUAAGCCCAAGAUGAGCAUGGUGGCCGGGGUGGGUCUGAUGCUGGCCGGUCUCCUGGUGAUCAUCCCCGUCAGCUGGUCCGCACACGUCACUGUGCGAGAAUUCUACAAUCCCAUGUCGACCGGCUCUCCAAAUAUGGAGCUGGGGGCGUGCAUCUUUGUGGGUUGGGGGGCCGGCGUUCUGCUCCUCCUGGCUGGAGGUCUCCUGUGCUGCUUCAGCAGGCCCAAAUCAGGUGGUUCAGGGGGAACGGCCAAGUACUACAGCAACAGUGCCACAGCCCCUAACAAAAACUAUGUGUAGGGCCUAAUGAAAGGGACUGGAGUCUGAGAGAAAGGAUGGGAGGGGGAUUUAGGUGGAGACAAACUGGGAAGGAGCAAAGUAGACGACACCAGGGGAGAAAAAACAGAGUAAAUUUGUAAAUAUACUGAAUUCUGAUAAUAACUGGCUCCAGUUUAUUGUCUUUAUAUUAAAAUGUGUAAUUUUAGUUUUAAUGUCCAGUGUGUAAGAUUUAGGUGAAAGGGUUUCUAUUGGUAGACAUUUCAUAUAAAAUAAUACUUGAUAUUUUCACUGGUGUGUUUCAUUUAAAUCGAAAAAAUUAUUGUUUUCUUUAUACUUGAAUGGGCCCCUUAUUUUUAAUAAUUUAUAUUAACAUCAGUAGAGGGUCCUCUCUAUGGAGGCUGCCAUGUUUUGUGCAGUAGUUCAGACUGGACAAACUAAACACCUUUUGAGUUGUUAUGAGUUGUUAUGAUAACUGUAGGCUUCAACAGGUUCUCUUUCAUGUAGCGGCAAAAUGCAACCUCACCACUAGAUGUCACAAAAUCCUACACACUGAACCUUUAAAGCUGUUUUAUUGUUAGGUGCUGGGUUACGCUUAAACUUUUUAACUGGAAGACAAAUACUUUACAGGCCAUAGAUUAUAAAUGAAACACUAUACUUUGUGAUCAUAGAAUUAAAAAUGUGUUUGGCUUACUGCUUUGAAAUAUACAAUAUUCUCCUUUUCUUAAUUCCCAAUUGUCUCGAAAUGAACCCAACAAGUGGAAAUUAAACCUUCAAGAGAUGAUGAAAAUGUGUUUGUGAGAAUAAAACAUGAUCUUGUUUCUCAACCUUUCCCCUCCUGUGAUUGUCCUUAAUAAUGUUUUAAUGAGCUGUUAAAAUAGUUUUUAACCAAAAGCACCUAAGGAGGUUUCAGGGAGCACCUGCGUGCACUUCUUUGACGACACACAUUCUCAAACUGUCUUGUGAUAUUUCAUAACUUUUUUUGAAACAAUUGUUAUUGCGCCCUUUGUUUUGUAAGAAUGUAAGUGUGAUUAAAAGUCUGCCUCAUUCAAA